AUGAUUUACCGACAGAACUGAAAUUUCGUAUUUUGGAUCAUCUGGAUGCCUCAUCGUUGAAAAGAUGUCGUUUGCUGAACAAACUUUACCUCAACUUGAUCGAUAAUUGCGAGAAUUACAACAAACAUUGGAUUUUGGAUGUUUCUAAAUGGGUAGUUAAUGCAGAUCAAGAAUUCGUUCAACUUUUUACGAACUCCAGCAUAAAAUUUGGACAUUUCGUGGAUAAUGUUUAUUCAUUUUCUUUCAUUCGGUCCUUUUACCGCAAACUCGGAAAAACAGUGAAAUAUAUCGAAAAUGUUCCAUUUGAAAAAAUGGACCAAAAGACAACCGAAGCAAUGAUUAGGGCUUUCGAUAAAGUGGAAGACCUCAAACUGUGUAGUGAUUCGUUGCUCAUCGAUAUGCGUCGAUGGAAAUUAGUUUGGCCAAGUGUAAAGCGUCUCACAGUUGCUUGUUACAGUGAGCAACGUUACAAAGGAAAUUAUUCUGAAUUUCCGAAUGUGCAAGAAAUUAGUCUUGUGCUCAACUAUAGGAGCCCGAAUUACUGGUUGAGGAUGGUAAAAGCGUGUCCGCAAAAAGUCACUAAUAUCAGCAUGAGAUACUGCAAAAAUGAAGUGGCAAAUGCAGUGACAGUGCUUUCCGAAAUACAAGGCUUGUUACUGAAAGAAAUCAACAUGGAUUAUUAUGACUUGGAUUCGGAAAAAAAAUUUUUGUCACGCCAAACCAAAAUUGAAGCGUAUCAUGUGAAGACCCAUUUCGGCUCAAACUUGCAGUUUCUUCCGGAGUUUAGAACUCAAGCUUACCUUCAUUCGUUGGAGCUAGACGUGCAAGGCAAAACUAAAUUUCGAUUGGAUUUGCUCCAAAAUAUGCCAAACUUGACUAAAUUUUCCCUAAAUUUAGUUGACAUAUAUUCUGAAGAUAAUUCACGAUUUUCUUAUUAUCCUGUAAUUGAUGAGUCCAAGCCUAUUUUGUGUUUUUUGGAGUCUCACGAUGUCCACGUUAACGUCAGUGUAACAAAAUUGCAUUUCCGUCCCGGCAAACCUUUUAAUAUCGGCAAAUUAUCAAGAAUUUGUUUAAAAUGCGUACGUUGUUUGAUAUCAUCUUUUACUUACAUAAAGGAAUUGGAAUUUAACAACCUUAUCUUGAGUCAAAAUCGAUUUUAUCAUUUCUGGAAGUCACUUAACAGAAAUUUUAAGAAAACAGGAGCAGGCAAAUUUUUGACAGUCUUGAAAAUACAAGAAGAAUAUUUGAGUCCAAUGAAAGUUUCUUGUGACAACUACAAAUAUUUCAAAGUAAUGGCACAUUUUCCAAACUUGAAGGAGCUGAGCUUGAUAAUUUCACAUGUUACUGUUACACAACGACAUCUCAUGACUUUUUGUGACAAAUGCCCAAAUUUUGGUUUUCUCAUUCAUCAAUUGAAAUAUUUGAAACAUUUGGAGUUUCGCACAAUUUUAACUCAUAUAGAAGAAAAAGUGCAUGGAGAUAUUUAUGCCAAUGUUGAUAUUGUUGAUACACUAUUGAAAGUUCCAUUCAAGCUUUGGUUUUUCCACAUUCCGAUUGCGUGCGAAAACGAAGACAUCAUAAAAAUUUACAACACGGACAAUGUCCAAAAAAUUUUUGAAAUGUUUGAGAAAUUUCCUUCGUUAAAGGAAAUUCAAGUUUUGGAGCCAGUGAAAAAUCGAAAUUACGGAAGAGUGGUCAUAAUUACUCGUAGUGAAUUUUAUUAUUAUUAUAAAAAUUGAGAAAAGUUAUUGGAAACAAAAUUAUAAAAUUUUUUGAAAUAAA